ACUGCCAUACAUGGGCAAUUUUCUGAACAGUCCGUGUGUGUGUGUGUGUGUGUUUGCUGUUGGAAUUUAGCCCUCUGACGUCACUGCCUGUUACUUUCCCAGAUUUGGGAAACAGAAGUUUCACUUUAAGUGGGGAUUUGAAACUCAGUGAUUCUUAGAAAGCGAGGUUUGUGAUUAUCGAGUGUUUCGUUCUUGCUCCUGUAGGAAAAGAAUCUGAUAUUUUCUCAGAACCAUGUGGGGUGGCCAUAAUGAUGGUGACCAUCAAGGUCACGUGACUGCACGGAUGGAGACAAGCUUACCUAUGGGUACCACCAGCAUUUCUGUAUCCCAGCAACAGGCUCCUAAGAAGUUUGCUCCUGUUGUGGCUCCCAAGCCCAAGUUCAACCCUUAUAAACAACCAGGGGAGGCAGCACAUGAGGGAGCUGGGGACUAUCCUCCUCCUCCACCUGCUGUUGACACCAGCGGGUUUCCAUCCCCCUCCACCUUACCACCUCCACCACCCAUGGAUGAGAGCUCUUUUGGCUUUCAGAUAAAGGGACCAGAGAAAACUCUAGAAGAGCGGCGUUCCAGUCUGGAUGCUGAGAUCGACUCCCUGACCAGCAUCCUGGCCGACCUAGAGAGCAGCUCCCCAUACAAACCGCAUACACCACAGAAUUCUGCCAGCCCAGCUGUGUCAGGCUCCAACGCCCCUGUCACAGGCUACAGGCGCAUGGUCAUUCCAACCCAGCCUCCUCUAACAGCUACCAAGAAAUCCACCCCGAAACUGCAGGCCCCUCCAACUGCGGUUUCCCCUGCUCCACGCCCUCAAUACCAGCCCACUCCCCAACCCGUUCCAGCAUCCUACACCACUGCCUCCACCCCAAGCCAACCCACCUUCAAUGUUCAGGUCAGGGCGGCACAGCCUGGCCCCCAGCAGCAGCCGAUCCGCAGCCCAGCCCAAGUGCAGUACAUGCCGACUCAACCCAGAGCUCCUGACUUCGCUUACGGCCCUCCGCAGCCAGGAUUUUGCCCAGCUGGAGGCUACCAGGAACAACACUAUGGUGGGGCUCCUGGUUAUGGAGGUCACAACACAUGGAGAGCUGAGCCAAGUCACCACGCUCCUCCUCCAGCCAGCCAAGGAUACCAGCCCUCCCCUCCGAAAAAGACCUACAUCACUGACCCUCCAGCCAGCCUGGCACCCUUCACUGGUGGGCCUUCUAUUCCUCAUAAGGGCCAUCCUGAGGAGGAGCUGGACCGCCUGACUAAGAAGAUGUUGUAUGAUAUGGACAACCCCCCCUCUCAGGAGUAUUUUGGCCGGUGUGCAAGCUGUGGAGAGAAUGUGGUGGGUGAGGGGACAGGUUGUACCGCCAUGGAUCAGGUCUUUCAUGUGGACUGCUUCAUCUGCAUGACCUGUGGCUCCAAGCUCAGAGGGAAGCCCUUUUAUGCUGUGGAAAAGAAAGCUUACUGCGAGCCCUGCUAUAUCAACACCCUGGAGACCUGCAAUAUAUGUAGUAAGCCCAUAAUGGAGCGUAUUCUGCGGGCGACUGGGAAGGCCUAUCAUCCUCAGUGCUUCACCUGUGUGGUGUGCCACCAAAGUCUAGAUGGUAUUCCUUUUACUGUGGACGCCUCCAACCACAUCCACUGCAUCAAAGACUUCCACAAGAAAUUUGCCCCGCGUUGCUCUGUGUGUAAAGAGCCCAUAAUGCCAGCUCCUGGCCAGGAGGAGACUGUGCGUAUUGUGGCCUUGGACCGUGACUUCCAUGUGCAGUGUUACCGCUGUGAGGGCUGUGACUGUCUUCUCUCUGAGGGAGACAGUCAGGGUUGCUACCCUCUAGAUGGGCAUGUUCUCUGCAAAAACUGCAACACCAGUCGCAUCCAGGCCCUCACUGCUAAGGCUACGACUGACCUCUGAGUCAUACACAUACAGAAUAUACACGCACAUCCCUAGUAUCCCUGCAGAUGCAUUCGUCCAUUCCUGAGAAACACCAUAUUCUGUCACAUCACUGCACACAAAUAUUUAUCCCUAGACAUACCCAAUGCACAUGCACGCAUAAAGCUGUCAUUCCACUUAAGGGGACACAUCUUUUCUUGUUGCUUAUGCGCCUCCACACACUGUAUUGAAAUUGCACUCAUUUAUUCUGUCCAGGGAAAAGUAUCCCUUCUUACUAGCAUAUAUGUAUUCAUCAAGGUUCACAGCAGCUGAUUUUGAACACCUAAAUAAUGUAGACCUUAUAAGAGAUAAUGUAUAUAGAGAUGGGCAGUGUUUUAAAAUGCUCCUAUCAGUUUUUAACAAUGUAUUUUUAAAGAAAUAAUUUUACCCAAAAUUGAAAAUUCUGUCAUUGUUUACUCACCACCAUGUCGUUCCAAACCCAUAUGACUUUCUUUCUUCCAUGGAACACAAAAGGAGAUCAUUCAGUCACUAUUCACUUUUAUUGUAUAAAAAAGAUACAAUGAAAGUGAAUGGUGAUUAAAGCAAAUAGGGUCUAUCGAUUAUUUUGGUAAUCGAGUAAUCUAGCGAUUAUUCUGAAAAAUAAUCGAGUAAUCAAAAAUUACCCAACUCAGAUUGCAUAAAGUUGUCAAGGCGAAGUCACAUUUGGCUAAAGUUUUUAUGUAUUGUAUGACUGAAUAACAACAAUAAAACAAUUUUGAAAACAAUAACAGACACCCAAAGCAGAUCUAUAAUAUAAAACAAUUAUACAAUUCAAGCUGACAGAGAUUGGCUUCUCCAGGUGUGCCCAACUUUUUUUGUAAUGCAACAUCUACUUUUUUCUUUAACUAGCUCAACAUGAUCUACCCAUUUUAGUUCAGAACUCAAAUAUGGGAAAACAGGCCAUGGCAAAAAAAAAAACAAAAAAAAAAACAUUUUUUAAAAAACAAUGUCUGCCUACUAAACUUGUUUAUUGAGGAUGAGUUAUAUACACCGAUCAGCCACAACAUUAAAACCACCUGCCUAAUAUUGUGUAGGUCCCCCUCGUGCCGCCAAAACAGUGCCAACCCGCAUUGCAGAAUAGCAUUCUGAGAUGCUAUUCUUCUCACCAGAAUUGUAAAGGGUGGUUAUCUGAGUUACCGUAGACUUUGUCAGUUCGAACCAGUCUGGACAUUUUCCGUUGACCUCUCUCAUCAACAAGGCAUUUCCGUCCACAGCACUGCCGCUUACUGGGUGUUUUUGUUUUUGGUACCAUUCUGAGUAAAUUCUAGAGACUGUUGUGUGUGAAAAUCCCAGGAGAUCAGCAGUUACAGAAAUACCCAAACCAGCCUGUCUGGCACCAACAAUAAUUCAUGCGAUUAUCUAAUCAGCCAAUCAUGUGGCAGCAGUGCAGUGCAUAAAAUCACGCAUAUAUGGGUCAAGUGCUUCAGUUUAUGAUCACAUCAACCAUCAGAAUGGGGAAAAAGCGUGAUCUCAGUGAUUUGGACUGGGACCGUGGCAUUAUUUUUGGUGCCAGAUGGGCUGGUUUGAGUAUUUCUGUAACUGCUGAUCUCCUGGGAUUUUCAUGCACAACAGUCUCUAGAAUUUGGCACUGUUUUGGCGGCACGAGGGGGACCUACACAAUAUUAGGCAGGUGGUUUUAAUGUUGUGACUGAUCGGUGUACAUGGUUAAACUAUUUACAGACAAUUAAGAGCCAUUUUAUUUGUUUUUUGUUUUAACUUGUUUGUUGUUUUUUAUCACCUGCAUGCAAGACACAAUACAAUAUUCACAGUAUUCGUGUGAGAUACAUUUUUUCACUCUUGCGUUGAGCUGCAGCAGUUGUGGGCAUUGUUGCACUUGUGCUACAUUCUGCAGAUCGCAAAAGCUUGUUGCUUGCCACGUACAGUGUAAAAAGCCCUUAAGCAUCUGGACAUUCAGUUCCGUAUUAAGUAAACUGUUAAUAAUUUCACAUGCGAAGACUAGCCAUUUCUUCUCAGGUAAGGCAAAGUUUUAUACUGCUUCUGUGGGACGAGACGCGCAGCUGUGGCUUUAACAGCAGACUCACGAUGAGCUUUGACUGACAGCACACAGACCUGUGGUUUUAUUCAGUAAAUAAAGUUCUCUGAAUUCCCACAUUGAGUUUUACCUGUAAUAAUGGCCAUAAACUAGCAAAUAUUAAUUUUUAAACAUAAUCAUCAUGAAAUCUAAUUUACUAAUUUACUCAGAACAGAACUCAAAAGAUAAUUUGCUGAAAAUAACCUAAUUAGAUUGAAUUCGGUGUGUUUGUGCAUCCGCAACUGCAUGUAUAACUUUAAUCAAGUCCAAAGGACGUCUUUUUCACGACAUUAUUUUAUGUUGCUUCAUUAAGGCCUUUCAUAAAAGCCUGUGUAGAUAAAUAGGUUUAGAUUGCAUUCCAGUGUUUUUUUUUGUUGUUGUUUUUUUUCUGAAUUCAGCAUGUUCCGUGCAGUAACAAAAAGCUCAACUUCUCUCAAAUUGCUUGCAGCCUUAACUUACCGUGCUGUGUUCAGUGGUUUUGUGAAAGCUGGAUGUCAACUUUUCAAGUGCUGUUGCAUUGCUGAAGUGUUUUGGGUUUUUGUUGUUUUUUAGGUCCUGCAUUGUUUUUCAAAUCUAAAGUGAAGCGCUCUCACACAGCUGACACCUCUUGUCAUUGCUUUCGUACCCUCAUCCGUGCACUUCCGCCUUAUUUUCGAUUGUCAAAUUAGCAGUUUUGUUAUCAAGGAAUUUCUUUAAGCAAACAUUCAGCCUAGCAUCUCCUUUUGUGUUCUAUAGAAGAAAGUCAUAUAGCUUUUGAACAAUAGACAUGACAGUUGAUUUUAACAUUUGGGUGCACUAUCCCAUUAAUAAUACUUAUUAAAACUCAUAGAACAUCACAGACUCUACCUCUGAAAAGGGACCAUGCUCUACAGUAGCUAUGCCUUUAAGUAUGUAUCUGACCUAUGGCUUUGAUUUUAAUAUUGACUUCUGAACUAUGUUGAAACUGUAUUUCACCAUCAAUCACAGAGGCAAGAUCUAUGGAAAUACACUUUCAUUCAGAGCUACUAGUUAUAUACACAAAAGGUGCGUUCCAAUCCACAGGGUGCCUACGCAGUGUUCUCUGCUCCUUACUCACUGAGCAUGGGAUAUCUGUUGAAGUUCACUUCAUUUGACAAAAUUGUACAUUUUUGGAAUACCCUGCAACAUCAUCAAACAGACAAUGCUUGAGUCAUGCAGAUUUUGCGGUUCAAGUAAGAUGACACAAUAUACUAGUGUAAAUUCAUAUAUUGUAAAUAUACAAUAAAUAACCUAACAUCCAUAUAUAUAUAUAUAUACAGGUGCAUCUCAAUAAAUUAGAAUGUCG